AUGCCAGGUUACCUUACCAUUUACUCUAAUCCCAAAGACUACCACCUGAAGUCUCUUUUAUGCUGUAUUUACCCCCCCUCGGAAUUGAGCCAAGAGGCAUUGCAAUACACACUUAUAAAAUAUUCUCAUUACGAAUAUGUAUUUACAGAGAAGUUCACAAAGGAAAACAUAAGUCAAAGUAAGAUCCUAUCCAUCAAAGCCAAGGACAAAAGUUUGAAAAAUGUCAAUUGUUUUGAAGUGGGCAUGCUGGCAGGCUCGCCCACAUCCACUCUAACCAAAUUGGUUAGUCUACACAAUGAAGCUUACGCCACCCAUUUGGUGGUAAAAAUAUUAAUUAGUUCGCGACAGGACUGGUCUGGGGAGAACCGUCCCCUAGAGCUUAUAGAGAAGGGUUUAACCACAAAACCUUUUGAUCGCAUUGCCAUGGUUAAGUCACCCACAGUGACCCAUAGUAAACCUUCGCGCAUGAAUCUGAUACCGGUUGAUACGGGCGGUGUCCUAACAUUCCAACAAGCCAUGUCCGGUGCCGUUUCACCCCAAUACUCGGCCACAUCACCUUUGUAUGGGGGCGGUGCAGGCAGUGCAAGCCUGGGUGUUGGUUGUGGCACAAAUAACAGCCAUUUAACGUCAUCCGCAUCAGCAGCAGCCCUUGGUGGCGGCGGUGGUGGGCCAACGGCAUCAGAACUUGACAUGCUUCUCGAGGAUAGCACUUCAACAGCCUCACCUACAUCCACAGUUUGUGGUGCUAUAGUGGGAGGGCCCAGCAAUGGACCAUUUCUGGCCGACACCCCCACCGGCGAAUGCAAUGGUCUGAGACAAAGAAAUGACCAUCAUGGCAUGUUUAAUGCUCACACCCCAGGCGGUGGUGGUAGUGCUGGGGCCAUGGUAACCGGAGGCUGUUGCCUAGACGAUAUGGAUUCGCCCACGGCCAUACCUCAUGAACGCAUCGCCGGUGUGGGCUCCAGCAUGGUGCAUGGUGGCAGUUCAGCAACGAUAGCCCAAUUGGGUAAUAAACAGAGGCAACGUAUGCGAACCUCAAGUAUGCCAGCAGAAAGCAGAAAGCCCCGCUUAGCUGACACACGACGCCAGGCCAUACAUUGUGCUGACUUGGAUUUGGAAUAUUAUCGACUGCGUAGUUUUAGUAUCACAUCCCAUGGUGUUUGCAAUUUAGGCGAUUCUCUAAGAAGUCGUCGAUCUAGGUCCAUAAACUCGGUAACAUCAACGGGCACCUCGAAUAGUGGAAAGGACAGACACAAUAGCAAUGCUUCGCGUACAUCAGCGGAUAUUCUAUUCGAGAGCGAUCCGAAAAUGGCAAACGCAACCAGUGGAAGUGUUGGUGGCGGAGGUGUUGGUGUUGGCGCUGGUGCUGGAACGGGGCCAGGUACUGUUGGCGGUGGCAAGGCUCAAAUUCCUGUUUAUAAAAUUGCCAUGUUGGGAGCAUCCGGUGUGGGUAAAACAACGUUAACGUAUCAAUUUACAACAUCCGAUUAUAUAUGCGCCUAUGACUUAAGUUUGGAUGAUGACUAUGGCCAGAAGACUGUUUCUGUUUUGGUGGAUGGCAUUGAGACAGAUUUGGAAAUAAUUGAUCAUCCUGCUUGUGAAAUGUCGACAGAGGCCUUCUGUUCCACCUAUAACAUCGACCUAUUUGUUGUGGUCUAUUCUGUAGUGGACCGCAAUUCCUUUAAACAGGCUGAAAAGAUACUUCAAUAUCUCAAGGAGAAUGAAAUGCUAUUGACACGAGGUGCCAUACUGGUGGGCAACAAGACUGAUUUGGAACGACAUCGAGAGGUGAAUAGACAAAUGGGACGCAAAGUGGCCAAAGAAAUUGCCUGCAAAUUCAUCGAAACCUCUUCCGGUCUGGACCACAAUGUCGAUGAACUGCUUGUGGGAAUUGUGGCCCAGGUCAAAUUGAAUCCCCAACGCUUGAGAAAUCUCAGUGAAAAGGAUCGACAACGUUUGAAUCUGCAGAGCACAAUACAAAAACAUCGACGCAUGUAUGCGCCACCGCGACGUAUGGUGCGCCAAAUGUCCAUGUGCCAGGUGGAGGAUGAGGACAAUGAAACCGGUGGCCAUGGCAACAAUGAAAAUGAAUUGUUUCACGAUGAGAAUCAAUCGAACAACAUAAUGGGCGAUGAGGGCAUAGGUACCGGAAGUGAACGAACCGCAAGCACCAGCCUGUCCUCGGCCAGCACCUCUAAAGGCCCCAUACGUAAGCCAAACAAACGCACUCUCAACCUAGAGAGCAUACUAAAAAUGGGCGAAAGCGAACUGGAGGAUGAGGAGGAGGCCCAACGUUUGGCCAGUGCCACCAAUCAGUAUGGCUAUCAUCAUCAAUCAAAACCCACGAGUAAAUUUGAACUUCUAACCAGCGGCAAUCCAAAGACCAAUGUUCGCACACCAUUUGGCAGUGUGAAUUCAUCGCCGAAAUCAAGGAAAUCCUACGACAGCAGUUCCGGUGUGGGCAGUGCCAAAGGUCUUUGCCACGAGGCGCCAGCCCAUUAUGGCAAUGAAACACAGGCGGAGGACUCGCUGCUCAAUGAUUGCAAUCGCAAAACUGUCUCAAAACUCACCAGUCGCACCAAGGUUUUCUUGUCUUCGGUGUUGCGUUUUCGCAAAGCCAUAAAUGUGGCCAAACGACGCAAUUCGUCAAGUUGUAGUGAUUUGUUUGUUAUUUAAGAGUAAGCUGGAAAAAAUGGCAAGGGACUGGUAAUAGCAAAAAAAAAAUGUUCACUGAAAUGAAAAACACCACAACCACACCGCCAUAGAAAUGGGAAACGGAAAUGUCUGACCAAUUCGUUCGUUUGUUCGUUAUGCCUGCGUAUUACCGCAUCAAGUUAGCAUGGCAAAAUUGAUUUAUGCCAUGACAAAACAAUGGCAAUCUAGGCAAUUGUUUUUUGCAAGGGAUCUUUUUUUUGUGUUUACAAAGAUUCUGUUGUGGAUUUUUUUUUUAAUUUGGUAUGAUUUUAAAAGGAAAAAUAGGCAAUCAAUUGUGUUUUGUUUUUUUAGACUACACUUCCAUAUAUUUUUGUUAUAGUUGUAUUAUUGUUUUGAGUUUAUUCACAUUUGGACAAUAAACAAUACUGAAAUUGCUAUUUGACAAAGGGAAAAAUAAAACAAAACAGAAACAAUUCUAAUUAAAAUCUAAGGUUUCAACCAUGGCCCAAUAAUUUCACCAGUAACAUAAAUCAUUUUUAUUUUAUGGAACUCAUUCAUAUUUAAUUUUGAAAUGGAAA